CUAAAGAAGAAACACAUAGCUUGUGGAUUAACUUGUUCUUUCUAAGCCUGAGAGAGCUCAUCCUUGGCGAGACUGGCCCAGCCCAGGCUCUCUCUCGCUCUCUCCCUCUCUUCUUGCCCGAGCGAGGACACAGCACAGCGAGUAGUUUGUCUCUCGUCACACGCUGUACUUUGCUCCUUUGCCCGUCCUCUCAAUGUGUUUAUUCGGGACGGCGUUUCUCACUCUUCCUGCUGCCUCGGCCAAAGUGCAGCAACGUGCAGCCCGGAGAAAGGGCUUGUGGCGUCGUCGUCCGGCACCCACCGGCACCGCUGGCCUGACAUGGCUUGAAGGCUGAGAUGCCACGGCGUAAAGGGAGAAGAGCGGGAAGAGGCGAGGGCUCCAAACCGAGGCCGAGGAAGGGAGGAAGCCGCUCGGCUGCCCCCGUACUCUUCACCAUCGCCGAAGAAGAAGAUGAGGGUCAGAGACGGAGAAAUGGUACCGGGAGCAAGGCCAAAGCAUCCUUCUAUAAAGCGGACGAUGGCAGAGUGUCUCCCCCCGCCCGGCCUAGCUCGUCGCUCUCCGGACAGGUCUACUCUCCCACCCCGACGGCCACCAGCAGCAGCCCCAAUAACAACAGAGUAGCACCCAGAAUAGACUCUUUUCUCUUCAACAAAACCGAUGAGAGGCUGAGGUUGGCCCGAGAGCGUCGAGAGGAACGCGAAAAGCAGAAUGCCGCCAAGGAGGCUCAGUGGCAGGCACGAGAGGAGCGCGCCAGGCAGCACUACGAGAAGCACCUGGAGGAGAGGAGGAGGAAGCUGGAGGAGCAGCGGAUGAAGGAGGAGCAGAAACGCUUGGCUGUGGAGGAGAAGCGACGGCAGAAGCUGGAGGAUGACAAGGUUCGUCAUGAGGCGGUGAUGCGGCGGACUAUGGAGCGGGGUCAGCCGAGCAAACCCAAGCACAACCGCUGGUCCUGGGGUGGCCCGCUGCAUCCCAACAGCCCCGUCACACCGACCGAUGCUGACAGAAGGUCGGUGUCCACGGUGAAUUUAUCCAAACAGCACGACGCAGUCAUUAGCAAGCGCCUGUCCUCGUCCUCUGCCACACUCCUCCACUCGCCGGACCGAGGGUUACGGGCAAGAACAACCUCCACCCCUGUCAUAAACAAAGCUCAGUCCAAAACCCAUCUGUACCAGGGGACCACUUCCUACCACAGAAACACAGGUCCUCGCCGCCUUCCCCUGACGCCGUGGGAGAGCAACAUGGUGAACCGGCUGCAGCAGCCCACGCACUCCUACCUGGCACGAAGUCGCAGUGCCAUGAGUCUCUCUGGAGAGCACGCAGCCAUGCCUGUGUGUCCUCGCUCAGUGUCGUGCCACCCCAUGGGCUCCAUGUCAUUCAAGACCCUGCAGGCCCGCCCGCUCUCUCACAGCCGCAGCCACGACCGCAGCCUCUCCAAGGAGACGGCCUCGUCCGCUCGCAGGAGGACCACUGGGACGCCAACGACGCCGCAGAAGAACCGCGAUUCUGUCAGGAAGUCCUGGAGCAACUUGUCGCUGCCUCUGGGUCCCUCGCUUACCUUGCCCCUUAAAUUGCGAUCCUCAUCGCCGGUCAAAAGGAACGCAAAAGUUGCGGUGCUGUCUCCUGGAAGGCCCCCUCAGAGGGUCACAGGACGCCCUCCGACCCCCAAGAUGCUUAAGUCUCCUGCGGCAGAGGACCCCGGAAACCUGCGCCCUAUCAAAGUCUCGCCCGAGACUCCGCAGCCGUCGGCGCCCGGCAAGACCCAAGAAGCGGAGGACGAGCGGGUCCUCAGUCCUCCGCCGCCAGUGGAACAAAGCAAGACGGCGCAAACGACAAGAACAGCACCCAGUGACGCAGCCCCGAAGCCUUCUGCCGGGACCACGGAUCGAGAGGAGGCCAGCCGCAUCCUAGCUGAGAACCGGCGGCUGGUCCGCGAGCAGAGAGAACGGGAGGAAGAGGAGCAAAGGCAGCAGGAGGAGCAGGCCAGGUUAGCCAAGGAGGAGAUGGCCCGUCGCAAGGCCGAGGAGCGAGCGAAGCGAGAGGAGGAGGCCCAGCGGCAAGCGGAGGAGAGAAGGCUGAAGGAAGAAGAGGAGACUAGGAUGGCGGAGGAGCGACUCCAGCAAGAGAGAGAGGAGGCGGAGAGAGCCCAGAAACAGCGGGAGGAGGAAGAAUCUCGGCAGAAAGAGGAGACGGAGAGACUGAAGCAGGAGAGGGAGAAGCACUUCCAGAAAGAGGAGGCCGAGCGGCUGGAACGGAAGAAGCGGCUGGAGGAGAUCAUGAAGAGGACCAGGCGGUCCGACACCGCAGACAAGAAAGAAUCCCCCAGCAAGAACACGGACGGCCCAGUGGACGCCGCCUCUCCAGGCCCAUCCGAUGGGAGUCCCGCCCCGCAUAGCAACGGUUGCCAGGCGGACAGCAACUUGAACGCAGACACUUCGACGCACAGCCCUCUGAUUCAGAGGGAGAACGGAGCGUUUGAGGAGGCGCUUGAGCCACCUUCGCAUUCCAGGUUGAAGGAAGACGAGCAGCGGCAGGAGGGCGAGGAAGACGAGAGAGUUGAUGUCAUGGUCUUCAAGGAGAACGGCUUCCCAAAGCCCCUCAGUGCUGGAGUGGACGACAGAACAGCCCAACAGGGAGCAGACGUUGCCUGAUUGGGACAGGAUGAUACGCCCACAGAGAACCAGGAAAGAAGGCGCUUGGAUGCAGAAGAUUACGCGAAACACAACAAAGACUCUAAAAGCAUCAUAGCUGUCCUCUUGAACUGCCUGCAAAGAGACAAGAACAUCAAUGUUUCCCUGUGACGGUAACUCCAAAGAGAGCACCCUUCAAAAUGUCAGGAUGGGGUGCUCUUAUUGAGGCAGUUUUUUUUUUUGGGGGGGGGGGGGGGGGGCCCCCCUCCAACACACCACCAAACGGGAAAUAUAUGAGAUUUACUCCAACAACAACGGCAAACUGAGAUGAGUUGUAAAAUCUUUAAUUGUGAAACUUGAGGUGUGUUUUUUUUUUUUGUAUUCCCCCGCUUGUUUGACAGGUAGCGUUGGCAAC